UGUAUAAUUGACAUUGAAAGCAAAUACUAACCUGACGUAUGGUUGAACAGAACAUUGUGGUGGGUGAACGUGUGCAUACAUAGAAGAGGAAUUUAACAAAAAAAAAGAUAAAAAGAAAGAAAAAAUUGAGAAAAAAUUUAUAAGAAAUUAAAGAAUUUUUAAAAUUAUUAAUUUUUGUUUAGAAAAUUAUAAAAUUUAUGCAAAUAAUGUUUCACGAAUGUGUUGUUUGAAAGUGUGAGUUAAUUUUUUAUUAAGCCUAAAGCUAUGCAACACUUGUUAACUUAACACAUAUGUUAGCUAAUCGUCAGCAGCUAAAAGUUUACAAAAGAAAGAAAAAAUUAACAACAAUUUAAAGAUUUUCUUGCGUUUAAAAGUUUGAGCAAAGUUUUAACAACAUGCCGGGCACUAGACGUAUUAUAUUGGGCCAUGUCAUGUCCGGUUUGUGCAGUAAAAUGAAUCGCACUAAACCUUUACCCACCGAUGCCAUGGAGACUCCUUUAAAACGCUGUUUAAAUACUUUUGAUAUCACUUUAUUGGGUAUUGGCCAUAUGGUGGGUGCUGGCAUUUAUGUUUUAACCGGUACGGUGGCCAAAGAUAUAGCCGGACCUGGUGUUAUAGUUUCUUUUAUACUAGCGGCUGUUGUCUCCAUGCUGGCGGCUAUUUGUUAUGCAGAAUUUGGCACUCGUGUACCCAAGGCGGGCUCGGCUUAUGUUUACACCUAUAUCUCUAUAGGCGAGUUUUGGGCUUUCAUUAUUGGCUGGAAUAUAUUACUGGAACAUAUGUUGGGUGCUGCCUCAGUGGCUAGGGCCUGGAGUGGUUAUGUGGACUCAUUGCUGGGCGGUUGGAUUGAGAACACCACCUUGUCACUUAUAGGAGAACUACAGGAGCCUCAAUUAUUUGCUCGUUAUCCGGAUAUUUUGGCUUUUUUGGUGUGUAUACUCUAUGCCUUGGCCUUGGCUGUAGGUGUUAAGGCCACUGCCUUAAUUAAUAGUCUUUUAACGGUUGUCAAUAUAGCUGUUAUGGUGUUGGUUAUAUGUGUGGGUUUCUGGUAUGCUGAUGCCAAAAAUUGGUCUCAGUCCGAGGGUGGCUUUUUGCCCUAUGGUUUCAGUGGUGUUAUAGCAGGGGCAGCUACUUGUUUUUAUGCUUUUGUGGGUUUUGAUUCGAUAGCCACAGCUGGGGAAGAGGCUAAAAAUCCUUCAACUUCUAUACCUUUAGCUACUUUGUUAUCUUUAAGUGCUGUUUCCGCAGGUUAUAUAUUAGUAAGUGCUGCUCUUACUUUAAUGAUACCCACCAAUGACAUAAAUCCGGCAGCUUCUUUACCCGAGGCUUUUGGUCAAAUGGGUUUACCUUGGGCUAAAUAUAUAAUUACAGUAGGAGCUUUGUGUGGCAUGACCACUACCCUGUUAGGUUCUCUGUUUGCUUUACCACGCUGUAUGUAUGCCAUGGCUUCUGAUGGUUUACUUUUUAGCUGUUUUGGUAAAAUAAAUAGUGUUACCCAGGUGCCGGUUUUAAAUUUAGCCAUUUCUGGCCUCUCCAGUGCUGCAUUGGCUUUGGUAUUUGAUUUAAGAAAUCUAGUAGAAUUCAUGUCCAUAGGCACCUUACUGGCCUACACCAUUGUUUCGGCCAGUGUUAUAAUACUACGUUAUCGUCCCUUACCUAUUCUAGAAAAUCCUAUAUAUGCCCCUGAUACUCCUGAGAAUGAUGAAGAUGAUGAUAACGAUACCACCUCGCAGUACAGCAUUGAUACUGCUUCCCCCACCAGUGAUUUAAUAGAAGGUAUGUCGGCUGGUCGUCUUAAACCCAAAUACAAAUGGUUAGAUGCCAUUUUAGGUCGCUUUGAACCGGGCAGUGCUGUUUCUGCGGCUGUUUUACUGUUCACCGUUUUAAGUUUUACUUUAUGCUUCCAGUUGAAAACUUCCUGGGCCGAUAGCAAGACUGUUACCUCCUGGUGGGCAUUAUUAAUGUAUGGUUUUCUUUUAUUUAUUAUUCUAUCUUGUGUUUUUGUCAUAUCCGUACAUCAUCAAAAUACCCGUGGCCUCAACUUUAAAGUACCCCUAGUCCCUUUACUACCCUGUUUUAGUAUAUUUUGCAAUAUUGCUUUAAUGGUCCAUUUAAGUUUCUUAACCUGGUUACGUUUCUUUAUUUGGGUCUCAUUGGGCAUGUUAAUCUAUUUCGGUUAUGGUAUACAUCACAGCAAGGAGGGUACUGUCUGCUCAGCCUAUUCCAUGUUAAUGUCCUCCAAUGCUGAAUCUAAAAAAUCACCCUGGGGUGUUAGCGGUGAUGAUUUUGAUUUUCUUAUAGGAGCUGGUGGCUCCACUAGCCGUACAGUAUUUCAACGUUUUAUAGGACGUAAAAAGAGUGAUAAUCAACCUAUUGUUGAAGAAGAAUUAGUCGAUGAUGAAAGUGAUGAUAAUGAAGAGUCCUAAGCACAAAUUGUUUGGGGGAAAAGGGUUCUUUACAAAAAGGGAAAGUUAUUAUAGGUUAUGUUAUCAUUAGUAAUGACAACAAUUUAUAAAUUAUUCAAUGUAUAGUGUAUUAUAAAAAUAAAGAAAAUACAAUGCACAAAAUAUAACAGUGAGUAACAAAAGUUUAAGGAAUAUAUUUAAAAAGAAAAAACUUAACAUUUUUAAUAAUUCAAUUAACAAAUUUUUAAAAAAUUUUUUAAUUUUCUUAAAUUUUUUUUUUAAUUAGCAAAAGGUUAAGUUUUCUUAUAGAAUUUCUUCUUAAAUUUCUCUAAUAAGGAUUUUAGUGUAUUAUUAAAGUGCUAUUAAACACUUUCCUAAUACUCCAGCCCUCUUUAAUCCAAAAUUUUUAAAUUUUUUAAAACAAUUUAUAUAAAAGUCCAAAGAAAAUAAUCUUCUCAAGAGAGAUUUCUUUAGAAAACUUUUUUUCGAAAAAAGUUUUCUAGAAAAAUUUGUUUAAAAGAAAAGUAUAUUGUCUAGAAGACAGUUUUCUGGAGAAAAGUGUUUCUUGUCUAGAAGACAAUUUUCUAUAGAAAAGUUUAUUGUCUAGAAGACAGAUUUCUAUAGAAACGUUUCUUGUCUAGAAGACAGUUUUCUAUAGAAAAGUUUUU